GGACGAUAACAUUAGGAGCUAAAAUGUUGUCUUUAAAGGCUCGUACUGGUCACAGAGAGGUGUGAAGAUGUGGGGAAAGUUUGCACAGACCCACAAACAGUCUGCAGUCCGAGACGAGUCCAUUGUGUCGGACUCGUCAGAUGAAAGACCAAGUCUUCCCACAUCUAAUUUAUAAGGUAGGUAGGGCUGUCAGGCCUGCUCUCAUCAGGUUUGGGCUUUGGAAGCAGCAGCAGGGGGACAGAGCCAGUGACCUCCCUCCCAUGGCCACCGCGCGUUUCCCCGGGAAGAGUGUGGACGUGGCCGCCUCCAACUGGACCGCUCCCGCGCAGGGUAGGCUGCUGUGUGUCAACGGGACGCCGUGGAUCCUUUACCUGCUGGAGGAGUGUGUGGAUAAUGUGUGGGAGUACUGCAGCGUGGUGAUAGGACUGAUAUCCAUGUUCUGUUUUCUGCUGUCCACUUUACCGCAGGUCUAUGAGGCCUAUCGUAAUGGUAAAGUGGAGGAGGCCAUGUCUUUUGGCUUUCUCUUCUUCCUCUUCAGUGGAGACAUGACCAGCUUUGCAGGCUGCUAUCUCACCAGCCAGCUGCCUAUUCAGGUAGUCACAGUGGUGUUCUACAUCUUCACAGACCUGAUCCUCAUCUCACAGUUUCUCUACUAUAAGAUCAAGAACAGCUCCAGCAGAAAGAGCCCAGUAUUGAAGUGGCUGUGCUUCACGUGGUGUGGUGCUGCUACCAUAGUACUCCUGGCUUUGCCCAAGCUCAUCCUAGACAAUAGUGCCACCUUAGACACCCAGAGUCCAGCUACCUCUAAAUCAGUGGAAAUCACUGGUUAUAUAUGUGGAUACCUGGCAUCUGUCUUCUACCUCUGCUCCCGUUUCCCUCAGCUCUAUAAAAAUUUCCAGCGACAGUCCACAGAGGGGACCUCUUACCUGCUGUUUGCCCUGGCCAUGAUGGGCAAUGGGACGUAUGGGUUGAGCGUCAUUGUGGUCCUACCUGCUCUGAGGGGCUCCAAACAGACAUUCAUCAUCAAACAUCUGGCCUGGCUCAUUGGCAGCCUGGGAGUCCUCAUACUUGACUUCUUUGUGACUGCCCAGUUCAUCAUGUACAGGAAGAACUCUGCUAAAAGCAGUGCACUACUCAGCGUCCCAGAGGUGGAACCUCUUUUGUGUGAUGAAGAGGAACUGUCAGUGUUAUAGGAUGCCAACUUGGACUACAUAGUCAAGAAGGAACUGGUUAGUCCGCACUUUGUUUUGACCAUUCUUUGGGUUCUCUCUGAUCAUUGAUUUACUCAUAAUAAACUGACAAAGCAGAGACAUUGCAGAAGCAUUUUGUAAACUAAGGAGCCAGUGGAGCCAGCAGGUAAAUCCAGAGCAUCUUUGCAGCCUGAUUUUCUGCCGUUAAAAAGACACACAAUGAUCGUCUCUUCUGUUAUUUACUGUAGUAAAAAAAUAAAAUCAGGUCAAGACAUUUUUCUUCGCACUGGAGAUUAAGCUAAGUACCACUUUACCACUUUAGAAACAUUUCACAGUUUCUGAUCAGGCAGGCGUGUCGGCAUCACUUGAGUCUUUUUCUGGUUAGGAGCGCUGUCAUUUUUGAUUAAUUAUUCCGCUGGGAUUUUGUGAUUUUUGUUUUGGAUGGAGUAACUGUUUUUUUAAUUUGCCAUUGGGGAGUAUACACACCCAGAGGAGGAAGCUUCUUGCCAGAUGUCUUUUUGCAAAUGCAAGCUUUAUGGAAGAACAAAGUGCCUGUUAUAUUUACACAUUUUUGGCAGGGUAAAUAAGGCUGUAGCGUUUUGCUUUUUUUUUUUCCCGCUCACCUUAUUUGGUAUUUGACAGUCUGUGUGAGCACAGUUAUAGAGGAACCAGCACUAAUGUUUUUAAUGUGAAGCUGACACAUAUUUGGUCUGGUUUUCAUUUCUGAAAUGACAGGAAUUUGUCAUAAGCAAAACAUAAGAUAACUAGACUCAUGUUUUGCAUGACACUACACAGACGUGGUGCAAAUGUCUGCAGGGACCAUGCCUCCACCUGAAUGCAGGUGUACCAUAGCUAUUUUAGGGGGAUGUUGCAUUUCUCUUCUGUCCCUGAGAAACGCUUUGUUUGUGCCUUUUUAAACUAAACACAUUCUUAAUAAAAAUGCACUCUACAUCCAACUAAAUUAUUUUUAAAUUAAAUGAAGUUUGAUUUCUUAACUAUUGACAGUGAUUUAAUUAACUAUUUCAUAGAAAAUGCAGUGAAACCUUUUUCUGUUUUUUUAUCUUCUCCAUUCUUAAAAGUAUUGAUGCCCUCUUUUGUAACAUUUCCAUGACAUCCAUUAAAGAAGUCUACUUAAUAAUGUAUUAUAAGAUAGAAGGAUAGGAUCAUUCAUAGGAUAUUAUUGAGACACUUGUUAAAGUAAUGAGCUUCAAAAUUAGUUUGCACAUGCAAGAUAUGGUUCUGCCCUUGUCAUCAGGUUUAAAACGGAGGCUGCUCUUGUCAAGUCAAAUUUAUUUUUAAAGCACUUCCUCAUCACUAGCUUCAUUAAAGAGUAACACAAAACACAGAGAUGACAACAAAGAAGAGCAAGAACAAAACAGAAUAAGCAGCUGUCUUAUUGAUGAGCCCUUCAAAUAGAGCAAACAUUGGUUUAGAUCAUUAGCAAAACUAAUAGCUGCUUAAUGUUGUGCCAACUUUUGUUACACAGUAUGUAUGUGAUGGUGUCGCUGUUUAACCUGAUUAUCUGCAUUACUAAAGUACUGUACUUGAAGAGAUCUGCAGAUUUCUCUACCUCAUUAUAGUGUGGACAUGAUUUAUUGUUGUGUGUGUGUGUGUGUGUGUGUGUGUGUGUGUGUGUGUGUGUGUGUGUGUGAAUGAGUGAGUGAGUGAGUGAGUGAGUGAGAUGAGCUGGCUUGAAAUUGGAGCGGACACAGGAAAAUUAAUUGAGCGUUGCAU